UCUAUCAGCCGGGUAAUCGGAGUUAAAUGAUUUCCCAUAUGUAAAGUAUAUGUAACACAAUGAAACAAUACUGGAGGAAGCUGACAUAAGAGGAGAGCGGUGGAAAACUGGCAGGGCGCGGCUCCAGCAGAGCAUUAAUGCACCGACCGUGAGUGGGAGGAUCAGAGGCGGGCAGGUAAAAACACUCAAGAGCUUCCUUCUCGUGGAGCAGGAAGGCAUUCGUCCCUGCGUCAGAGCUGUGAGUCUUCCGUUUGUGGACCAUGUUCUCCUCUGCGACCCCCUACAAGAACCAGCAUUAUGCUGAGCUAAAGAACGACUGUAUCAGGAGUAAGAAACUCUUUGAGGAUCCCGAGUUCCCGUGUAUCGAUGCGUCACUGUAUUUUCGGAAACCACCACCUGGUAUGGUGCAAUGGAAACGACCUAGGGAGAUCAGCAAUGAUCCUCACCUGUUUGUGGAGGGUGUCAGCGCACAUGACUUGAACCAGGGCUCUGUGGGGAACUGUUGGUUUGUGGCCGCCUGCUCCUGUCUGGCACUGAAGCCCAACCUCUGGAAAAAAGUAAUUCCAGACUGGAAAGAGCAGGAGUGGGACUCCAAACACCCGGAGAACUAUGCCGGAAUCUUUCACUUUCAGUUUUGGGUGUUUGGAGCGUGGGUGGAUGUGGUAGUGGAUGACCGGCUUCCUACCAUCAAUGGAGAGCUCAUCUACUGUCACUCCAAAGACAACAAUGAAUAUUGGAGCGCUCUGCUGGAGAAAGCCUAUGCUAAGCUAUCUGGCUGCUAUGAGUCACUGGAAGGGGGCAACACUGGAGACGCAGUGGUGGACUUCAGCGGAGCCGUGGCUGAGGCCAUCAACCUGGAAGCGGAAGCUUACUAUAAGGACCAGAAGAAGCUGGACCAUCUCUUUGCAGAUCUAGUCAAGGUGUACGAUCGUGGCGGAAUCAUCAGUUGCUCCAUCAAGGCAGAAGCUCACGAACUUGAGCUCAAGCUGGGCAACGGGCUGGUGAAAGGUCACGCCUACUCUGUGACAGCAGUGAAAAGGGUACGUCUGGGUCACGGACUGGUGGCCUACUUCAAGAAUGAUACCAUACCCUUGAUCCGCAUGCGGAAUCCGUGGGGCAAGACGGAGUGGAAUGGAGCCUGGAGUGAUAGCUCAGCGGAAUGGUCAAAGGUUGGUGAUACUGAAAGAGGCAACCUCGGCAUCACAGUGGAGGACGAUGGAGAGUUCUGGAUGUCUUUCUCAGACUGGUGCAAGUACUUUACGGAUGCCGACGUGUGUCGUCUCAUCAAUACAUCGGUGAUCAGUAUCCAUAAGACCUGGCAUGAGAUUGUCCACUUUGGAAGCUGGACCAAGCAAUCUGAACCACUCUUAAACCGUUGUGGUGGCUGCGCGAACCACAAGCAAACCUUUCUGCAGAACCCACAGUAUGUGUUUGAUGUCUCAAAGGAGGCUGACGAGGUCCUCAUUUCUUUACAACAAAGAGAUAUGAAGAUUCACAGGAAAUAUGGUCAAGGGGAAAAUCUAACAAUCGGCUUCAGCGUCUUCAAGGUGGAACUGAACAGAAAAUACAGGCUGCACGACAUCUUAACCCAGAAAUGCGUGGCGUCGUCUACCUACAUCAACGCCCGUACGGUCUUCAUGAGGUCCACGCUGACGCAGGGCCGCUACGUCAUCAUGCCCACCACCUUCCAGCCUCACAUUCUGGGCGACUACAUGUUGCGACUUUUCACUGACGUGGACUCGGGCUGUAGGGAGCUGAGCGAGGAUAAGCCAAGGGUGAGAUGUUGGAGUUCUUUCCUGGGUUACCCACAAGUCGUGACGCACGUCUACGUCCAUGCUGCCGAGGGGCUGCAAAACCAGGACAGUACAGGGGGUGCAGACCCAUAUGUGAUCAUAAGCUGUGAGGGCCACUCAGUAAGAUCUCCAAUCCAGAAGGACACUUUGACACCAGACUUUGAAACAAGUGGUGUUUUCUACAGGAAGAAGCCCAGGAAGCCUUUAACUGUGCAGAUCUGGAACAGCAACGCAGUGCAGGAUCAGUUCAUGGGCCAAGUGAUGCUUUCUGGUUCCGCAAAGGACACCACCAAUCCUCAGAGGCUUCGGCUGAGGAAGCAAGGUCGCAACAUGGCCGACGAGAUGCCCGGCAGCGUCACUCUGAGAAUAGUCACUUCCACUCAGCUUACCUCCAUUUGAAGCUCCGUGCGGAACUGUGAAACUAUGACAACUCGCCAUUAAGGUCAUUGUAUACUAUGAUUUGCAUAUUUGUAAAGCAAGGCAAUGUUGGACUGUGUGAAUAUUAAUUUUGUUUUAACCUUUAUAUCUUACGAGUAACUUAUACAUUUUAUAAUGAACUGUUUACACUUAUGAUCAUCUGUAAGGCUAAUAGUGUGUUCAUUUGUUUUCUUAAUAUCAACUUCGGUAAUUUCUUAAUUAUUGGAGCGUUUCUAAUAUUUUGGUUACGAGAGGAGCAAAAUAUUAGAAACAGCUCCAAGUAUGAUGAAACCAGAUUAAUAUGUGACAGUUUCAUUUACAACUGAGUAUUAUUAUCUUUGUUUGUACAGCUCUUUUACUGAAUUACAUUAUGCACACUGAGUGUAUUAAAACACAAUCAACCACCUA